UGAGAAUCUAGCGAACGCACGAGAGAUAGUGUCUCCGUAUGUAGGACCAUAUGUUCACAGUUUGUGGCGACGAAGGAAAUGGAAUGAUUGAAGAAAAUAAUAUUCACUACGAAAAUAUGAAACAAAAUAUCAUCACGGAAUCUGCAUCCGCUAAGGAAAAAGUCGAUCAAGAUCCAGACCUCCUUGAAAAAUAUGACAGUUUCUAUCAUACAACUAAAAGUUUACUGGUACUUUUUCAGAUAAUGGGUGUCAUGCCUAUUGAGAGGGCCAGCAAAGGAAAUACAACAUUCAGGUGGAUUUCACCCGCAGCACUUUGGGCAUACAUUAUAUACAUUGUUGAGACUUGCUUUGUUGCUCUUGUAUUCAAGGAAAGAUUCAUGUUAAUUUCCCAAGGGGGUAAAAGAUUCGAUGAGUAUAUUUACGGAAUAAUUUUUCUGAGCAUUAUGAUACCACAUUUUCUUUUGCCUGUCGGUGCUUGGACAACAGGAUCAGAAGUAGCCAUAUUCAAAAAUAUGUGGACGAGAUUUCAGCUGAAAUACUUCAAAAUAACUGGUACACCAGUCAUUUUCCCUAACUUAGAACUAAUAACAUAUGCUCUGUGCGUCUUAUCUUGGGUAGCUGGUAUCCUGAUUAUGCUUGCACAGUAUUAUCUUCAACCUGAUAUGCUGCUUUGGCAUACUUUUGCAUAUUUCCACAUUUUGGCCAUGCUGAACUGCCUGUGUUCAUUGUGGUUCAUAAACUGCACAGCCAAAGGACAAGUGGCUGAAAGGUUAGCUCAGAAAGUAGAAGACGCUUUAAAGCUGCCGAACUCAUCUGAGAGAUUAUCAGCUUAUAGAGAUCUGUGGGUGGAUCUAUCCCAUAUGAUGCAACAACUCGGAAAAGCCUACUGUGGCAUGUAUGGUCUCUACUGCAUUCUCAUUGUCCUCACAACUAUUGUAGCUACUUAUGGAUGUCUGACUGAAAUCCUAGACCAUGGCUAUUCUUUCAAAGAAACUGGAUUACUUCUUAUUGCGGCUUAUUGCUUGAUACUUUUUUAUAUCAUAUGCAAUGAGGCUCAUCAUGCGUCUAGAAAAAUGGGAUCAGAAUUCAGAAAUAGAUUGUUGAAUGUACAUCUCACAUCUUUAGAUCAUAGAACAAGACAAGAAGUUAAUAUGUUUCUGACUGCCAUCGAUAAAAAUCCGCCUGUCAUGAAUUUGAAUGGAUAUGCUAAUAUCAGCAGAGAGCUUCUAACUUCAACCUUAACUUCAAUGGCCACCUAUCUACUGAUGCUGAUGCAGUUUCGUCUUUCGCUAAUGAGAAACGCAUUUAUCGCCGCGAGGAGGAUCAUGUUGAGAAACUCUACCAUGUCCUGAAGGAAUUGUAACAAUAGGAUAGUUGUCUGGAAAAGAAACUACAAACAAUGAUACCUUUCUGACAUUUCGUCAUCCAAUAAUUUUUAUUUGAAGGUAUCAAUUGUUUUGAUAUUAUCAUCAAUUAUUGUGAACAACGAAAGGAAAUAUUCGACCAUGCAAGUUUUCAUCUAUUGAAAUUAAUUCUUGAUUUCAAUGAUGCACGGCUACCUAUAAUCAUAUGAUAAAGGCGGGCGAAAUUUUGAGAAUCUUCAGUUUAACUGCAUUGUGAUUAUCAAUACAUAUCUACUGAGUGAAAAAUAAUUAACAAAAUCUACGGUAUUUACCAUGUUGUAAAAAAUAUUGGAACAAGACAAUUUUCAUUUUCUUUCUUUUUAUGAAAAAUGAAGGAGUUCGUAGUUUUUGCCAGAAAAUGAUACCAUUUUGUUGGUGAGGAAUAUUUGGUCAUUAAUGGGGUCUUUUCUUCAUAGAAAUUAAAUUGUUGAACUAAAACUUUUUCUUAGGGUGAUAAUUAAUCAAUUAAUGAAAGUAUCAAUUACAUAUUAUUUUCGUAUUGUUAUUGUGAUUUCAAUUUCCGAUAAAUCAUCAAUAAUUAAUACCAUAUGAAGAAAAUUUAUAUUAAGUG